GGGGCKGGGGUGCCCGGGCGGGCGGGCCCCAGGGGCGGCACGGGCGCGGCCAGGCUGGCUGCACCCCCGGCCACCCUUCCCCGCGUCUGUGCGAGGACAAGGCCGGCCGUGGUGGGGAUCAGAGAGGGCGGAGAGGCCUGCCCGCGGGCGGGGGCACCUGCAGCAGCCGGAGCCAGCCCGGGGCCCGCGGGCAGCAGCGCCCGGAGCUCCAGGAGGAGAAGGGGCCCGCAGGGAAGGCGGUGAGGGCACUGAGCAGCGCUCACGCACAGCCAGCAUCCCAGAGAACACCGGCACAGCCCGGCCCUGCGCACAGCCCGACUGCCGGACAGCGGGGCUGCGGCACAGCUGUGUGCACCUGUGCACAAAGGUACCAAAGGAAACAAAGCGUAUGAAAGGAAGGARGCGCCGCCAGCACUCAGCAGCCCGGAGACCGCUGGGGACAGGGACCUGCCGCUUCCGCGAUGCUGCGCAGGAGUCAGGACAUGGUUUAAGCCCUGUCCCUGAUAUUUUGGGCCCUUCCUGUGACAUGGCUGCCCUUUGCAAGUUGAUCCUUGGAUAAGAUCCUGGCUGUCAGCAUGAAAGGCAAAGCUGCCCAGUGUGCAUCCCAGCCCYGUCCCUGUGACCGCUACAAACACGCCUGUGCUCUUUGCAGAGGGUUUAUUUAUCUCCACGGAGGGCGGGGCAGCACCACRCUGAGGGACUUCUGGAGAUACAACACAGUGAAAAAUGAAUGGGAAAUGCUGGAUUGCUCCAAAGAUGGUCCAGAAGAAUUGGAAGAACAUUCAAUGGUGGCUUAUAAGGGCAGCUUGUAUAUUUUUGGUGGGAUGGUGGAUUCUGCUUUCACACAAGCAAAAGCUCCUCUCUGGAUAUAUGACAUUGAUUCCGCAAGAUGGACAGAGAGCUGCAACGAACCAGCAGAGACGGAGAGCUCGGCACCAGCUAACAGAAAAGGUCACAGUGCAGUCRUCUAUCAUUCCAGCAUGUACAUCUAUGGAGGAUACUUUGGCAUCAAAGGCAUUUCACAGGAGUUUUGGGCAUUCCAUUUUGAUACCAGGAAGUGGUUGUGUGUCUCCAGCCCAUGUCCCAGCAGCGGCCCCGGAGCUCGGCACGGCCACUCRGCAGUGGUUUAUCACACAGCCAUGUACCUCUUCGGGGGGCUGAUGGGGCUCAGCGAACAGAGGGACUUGUGGAGGUGGGACUUUGGGAGCAGCAGCUGGGCCAACAUCAGGACAAGCCAAGGACCUCCUCCGGUGGUAGGUCAUGCUUCGAUAGUCUGCAAAGACUCCAUGCUGGUUUUUGGUGGAGGGAUUUCAAAUUCCAGCCCUAAUGAUGACCUCUGGAAGUAUCAUUUCCAUACGCAGACAUGGAAGAAGCUUAGUAGUACUACAAAGGGAAACUUCUCUCCUAAAAUGUAUCACUGCAUCUUAGGAAUUGGUGCGGAUUUCCAGACUACCUCAGAUUUCACUAACGYGUCCCCCAGGCACUGGAAGAGCGAGCACAAGGACCAUCCCCAGCUCGUGUCCAUCCUGAGGCACUCAGGCUUUUGCAGCUACUUCUGCCCACGGCCCACAGAGCGGAGCAAYGCCAUCGAAAUGAAAACCUUCAGCCUGCCCCUGGAACCAGCGGAAUUCCCUGCCUUCCAGACCACUUUGGAGGCAGGACUAGACCCAAACAGAGACAGGAGCCAUUUGUCCAAGGACAAGUCUCUCCAUCUGUCRGCCUGUUCAGGAGAGGCUUUUGCUGCUGCUCAGGCUGGGGGUGAAGAGGAGGGAACCGACUGUGGGUGCAAGGCCAUGGCGGGUGAGAUCAGCAACACCAACACACUGCUGCUCAUCGGGGGCAAACCUUUGUCCAGCUUCUCAGAGAUCUCCUUCAGGCAAAUGGAGUUCCACUGCUUGUGA